AUGGUUACCGUCGCCAUAGGUAAAUCCUAUUUCGAGGCUCUGCUACGAAGAGCAGAGUUUGUGAGUGUGUUGAGGCAAUACCUCCAGUUUCCAUCUGACGUCAAUUCGCAGCAUACCUCUCACCAAGAUGUUGACUUCAGCCCCAACCUGUUUGAUCAUGUCACCAUAUCGAAGGCAGAGCACGAAUAUUUGCGAACGAAGCUGGCGAGUUCCGAUGUCCUGAAAGCACCUAACAACAAAGUAGACUUGCUAAGAAGCGCACUGUUCCGCGGCGGUCUAACAACUGAGACCCUUGAGACGUUGCUGGAGGGCGAAGGUGGCGCCAGUGGAACCGAGGAGCCUUCGCACUACGACUACCACACUGGCACAUCCUUUCCUGAUUCGAAACUUGCACCGCCCGGUCUCAGUCGCCACUACAACUUCGAGAGUUCGCCAGUAUCCGAGGGUCCUGGGCUUGGAGGUGGAUUACACCAUGAUGUCCAGCCGCGCGAAGACUUUCGGCGAGGCAUCAGCUAUGGCCAGCCCGAGUCUUCCAUCGAUAGCGCUACUAAGAACGAUAGGGACCAAGAGCAUGGGCAACGUGUGCCGCUUCACAAUCAGCGCACUGUGCUUAUCGCCAACUUGUCGGAGCAGACGACACAUAAGGAUCUUGUUGGUAUUAUCCGCGGUGGUCGGCUCUUGGACAUAUUUUUGAGGAACGAUCGUACAGCCACAGUCUCGUUCGUCGAGGGUGCUGCUGAGUUCUUACUCCAUGCGAAGCGGAAUGACAUUUACUUGCAUACGAAACGCGUUGCCAACAAGAUCGCCAAUGGCGCCACGCGUAAUCUCCUUGUUCGGGGUGUUGGUGGCAAACUCUCAGCCGACCAGAUUCGAGACCACCUAGACCACAUCCACAAUCUGGUCGUCGUCGACAUCAAAUUCCGCAACGGCGACGCUUAUAUUUCCACCAAUUCUAUCCACAACGCGCUCUUCGGAAGGACGUGCAUGAUGUCAAGGACGGCGUACAAGGGCCUCCGUAUCGAGUACUAUCCGGAUGAAUGUGCAGCUCCGCUACCUCAAUUCAAGGUUUAUAUGCCUACACAGCCUGUCCCCUUCAAACCCAAGACGGUUACGAACACAUAUGCUCUCCUCGACACUGGCUCUGAUGCAGACUCAUGUUCUGAGAACGACUCUUACAUUACUGAAGGCGUCCGCAUCGAUCAACACCAAUGGCGGCAUGCUGCAGUGGUCUGA